GGUUAUGAAAAAGAAUCCUGUUCUGCAGCCAAGAAUAAGAGGUACAUAUUCCUCGGGAGCGGCAGUUUCACGGAUGAACGGCCAUGGUGCGUGGGCGUGGCUCUACCUGGUUUCUGGUGGGCGUGGCCGGCUUGCUGAUGGGCCUGAGUUACAUCCUCUACACGCCUGUCCCGGACGGCGUCUCACAGCCGUGGAAACUUCAGAUAUUCAUGGCGUCAGUCAAACUAGCAGGAGUCGUGAGUGAGAUCGGGCACCUGCUGGGAUGUGGGAGCAGGAACAACAUGACACGAAUGAUCUUUGAGAAACUCGUGGGGACAGGAGUGGUUUCCAAAUCUGACCCGGAACUAUACGUGACUGACGAACUAUUUGAUGGGGUAGCAGUGCGAAUCUACUACCCUCGGGCAGCCAAGAAGCCCCUCCCAUGCCUCGUCUACUACCACGGUGGGGGCUUCGUCUGGAUGAGCGUCAACUCCUACGACGGCGUGGCGGCAGUGUAUGCUAAAGGAGCUAAAGUAGCAGUUGUCUCAGUGGAGUACCGCCUUGCCCCUGAAUAUCCAUACCCUAUACCGUUUGAAGACUGUAGAAGGGCCACCAUGUUUCUACUGAAGAACGCCGAUGACUUCGAUAUUGACCCCACAAGGAUAGCAAUCGGAGGGGAUAGUUCCGGCGGUAACAUAGCAGCUGCUUUGGCCAUCAAGUUCAGGGACGACCAGGUACUCCCGCGCAUCAGGCGACAGAUUCUCAUAUAUCCCAUGUUGCAGUUCUGCGACGCUCGACUUCCGGUUCACGUGGAACAGAGAGAAUUCAGUCCUUUCUACGCCCAACAGAUGGCGUUUAUAUUCGGCAUGUAUGUCAACUUGACCAUUGAUCAGUUGUCUCUAAUGGCAACUGGAAAUUUUUCAACUAAAUCUUUGAGAGAGAAAUGCAGGAGAUGCGUCGAUUACAAAUUAUUACCACAUAACCUGGUGCCCCAUGAUUACAAACGACGUGACGUCAUAGCACCGGCAGACAAUCCGUAUGCUCAGGACAUUGAAAAGCUUGUCUCGGACCCCAAAAUAGCUCCCCUUAUGACUGAGAAUUUGUCCGAGCUUCCGCCGGCUUUUAUCUUAACAGUGAAAGUCGAUGGUCUUCGUGACGAAGGAAUAAUUUAUGCAAAGAGACUGGAGCAAGCAGGUGUUCACGUGAAAUGGAUGCAUUUACCAGACACUUUUCAUGGAGUGCUGAGUUUCUACCGAGGAGUAUUUGGUUUUGAUGCUGCUCAACGAGGCCAACGGUACAUCAUAGAAUACUUAUCUGAAAAUAUUUAAUUUGUUUGAAGCGUAUUUAGCGCUAGUAAGUGGCACAAUCUCACUAAAAUCAGAUGUUUUGCUCCGAUACGAUACCCCUCUGCGUGAAGAUCUAAGGACACCUCCCGUGGAGGUUGCAAUUUGUAGGUGAACUUUCUACACAGCCAUACAACAUCGAGGCUUUUAGGUUCUCGUGGUUAUCGAAGAAUUCAUACAAGCAAAUCUGAUUUCUGUACCUCGAAAACGAAUAUAAUCGGGGAGUUCCGAAUGCAAAACAAGGCCGCGCUGUCACAUGCUUGUUGACUUUUACACCUUGUUUCUGAGCGCCAUGGCCACUAAACCAAAUGGGAUGUACUUGGGAGUGUAUAUUUGUGUUCUGUGGCGGUUUUCCAUUGCUGAGAUCUAUAUUACACAUCCGAGGCGGUAAGGUAAUGAAGUCGGAUAGUUUCAGAAAGCUGACAUCUGAUUGGCUGAGGAAAGUGUGCUUUGUGUUCACAUUUUGUGGAAGUGUCGUCAGAUAUUCACGCAAGGGGGUAUUUCACAUGAGCCUGGAGAGUGGCCAUUCUGGUGCUCAUGACACGUUGGUGGUUGGUUCUGAAUCAGGCGUCAACUCUUUGAGAAUUAGGAACGACUCACUCGUGGUCAGUGUUGUAUACAAUAAUUGAGUGUACGACUUAGCUCAUGGUUAAAAGCGUAUCAUGACCACUCGGAUUAAUAAUAGGUAAAGGGGUAGUCCUCCGCCAUCUGACGGCCGUCGACAGUCUAGGUCUAUACUUUGUGGUAGCUGCUGAGGGGGAAAGUGUAGUGAAGGUAAUCGUUAACUAGACAGAGUGAGUGAGUGAGUAUGGUUUUACGCCGCUUUUAGCAAUAUUCCAGCAAUAUCACGGCGGGGGACACCAGAAAUGGGCUUCACACAUUGUACCCAUGCCGGGAAUCGAACCCAGGUCUUCGGCGUGACGAGCGAACGCUUUAACCACUAGGCUACCCGACCGCCCCUUUUAACUAGACAGACGAGAACUAUAAAACUGUAGUUGGCGGAUAAACAAAGUUGUGUACGCACGACUUGAAUGAACUCGCUAUCUUUGCCAGCAAAUUGACCAAUGUCUCUUAUGAUCUUAGAACACUUUGAGUGAGUGAGUGAGAGAGUUUGGUUUUACGCCGCUUUUAGCAAUACUCCAGCAAUAUCACGGCGGGGGACACCAGAAAUGGGCUUCACACAAAAUGUAUAGAUGACCUUCAAAUGCACAUGCGACAGCAUGAAUUUGUUGUGAUAAGUAUGUAAUUGGCACUUUUCAAUAAUUAACCACGCGAAGAACUAGUAACUACUAGAAUAUGGGCACUGUAUUGUUCAUGUAAUACGUGAAACAGAUGUUUCAAGAAACACGACCAACCUGUACACAGAUAUAAUACGUUUCCCUUCUGCCCGAGUUUCCAAAUAAUAUUGACACGGCAUUCGACAAAAAUAUUAUUUUCUUGCUUUGGAUUGUUUAAAAAUAUAAUUAUCAUUAUUAUAUGUAAGACAAUGUUCCCGAAGAAUAGAGAUAUAGGAAUGGAUGCUCAACCUGUGUAUAUACUGUUCUGAAAACCAUCGGAUCCCAUUCAACAGUCAUAGCCUAUGUUAGUUUUCUCUCAAACCUGGACAUAUGCUCGGUACGAAAGCUGGCAUAAAACUGGACUUUGGGACAUACCAUUUGAUAUUCGGGGAGUGGGGCGGGUGGGUUUGUGUUUUCCUUGGAGUUUUUUUUGGAGACUAGAUAUUUUAACAGCUACAGCUGCAAAACCAGAUAUGUGUUUAAUUAGAGCUAUAUAUAUAUAUAUUUUUUAAAAACACACUUUGCAACAAUACAUUUUUGUGGGAAACAACUUUACUUAUGAUCAUCAAUCUGAAUAAUAAUUAAAAAAAUUAAUGAAUU